UAACAAUUGCAGCUGAUCUGCAAGCAGCCUGACAGACAUGGCUAACAUGAAGAAGCUACUAGCCGUGCUGGCUCUCGUGCAGCUCCUGUCACGCCUCCACGUCCAUGGCGUGUCCGCGUCCGUGGACAUGCUGACGGACACAAGCGGCGGCGGCGGCGGCGGCAGCUGCCACAUCAGCGGCUUCCUGCCGGGGCAAUCCGGCGACUGCAACCCGGCGCACGGCUCGGUCUGCUGCGUCGACGGCCGCCGGUACCCGCAGUACAAGUGCUCGCCCCCGGUGUCGGCGGAGACGCCGGCGAUUCUGACUAUAAACAGCUUCGCGAAAGGUGGAGACGGCGGCGGCAAAUCGUUCUGCGACAACCGCUACCACCCGGACAGCGAGCUGGUGGUGGCGCUGUCCACGGGGUGGCUGCGCCUGGACGGCACGCAGAGGUGCAACAAGAUGAUCCGCAUCAACGGGAACGGGCGGUCCGUGACGGCCAAGGUGGUGGACGAGUGCGACUCGGUGUACGGCUGCGACAAGGAGCACAACUUCGAGCCGCCGUGCCCGAACAACGACGUGGACGCGUCGCCGGCCGUGUGGAAGGCGCUGGGCCUCAACGGCAACAUUGGUGAGUUCAAGGUCACUUGGUCUGAUGUGUGAGCACACACACAUAUAUAUAUAUGUACGGGACAGUGUGCUUCUCGCUUGUUAUAUGCAGCUAUCGUAUCGUAUGGGUGCGUGCAAUGCUACUCUUCAUGGCGUGGAGUUGCUGUUAUUUAAAUAAGUCGCCGCUCGCUCAAAUGUAUUUGCUGUUUUCCCAAGUUUAUGUAUUUACCCUAUUUUGGUGUUAUGUAAGUUACAUAUUUCUCUUAAACGUGUGACGG